AUGGCGGAUUUGUACCUUAAACAGGGAAAACAGUACUCGGGUUCUCGGCCAAGUUACCCAGAAGAGUUGUUCCAAUUCAUUGCGUCCAAGACACCUACUCACGACCUUGCAUGGGAUGUGGGCACAGGCAAUGGCCAGGCUGCAAAAUCUUUGGCCAGGAUCUAUAAGAAUGUGAUAGCCACAGACACAAGCCAAAAGCAACUGGAAUUUGCAGCCAAGCUCCCAAACAUUCAUUACCUCUGCACCCCUCCCACCAUGUCCACCGAGGAGCUCCACUGUGACAUAGCACGGCAAGCCACUGUUGACGUCGUGACAAUCGGCCAAGCCAUCCACUGGUUUGAUCUUCCCACCUUCUAUCACCAGGUUAAGUUAGUGCUCAAAAGGCCUCAUGGAGUCAUAGCUGCCUGGUGCUACACCGUGCCACAAGUCAACGGAAGGGUCGAUGCAGUUUUCCGGCAAUUUUACUUCCUUGAUUCCAAGCCUUACUGGCAUCAAGGCCGGAAUUUGUUGUAUGAAAAGUAUGAAACCAUUGAUUUUCCGUUUGAGGAGGUGGACGGAGUCGAUCACACGGGACCGUUCGAAUUCAAAACAGAGAGAGUCAUGGACUUUAAUGACUAUAUUAUGUAUGCAAAAUCAGGAUCUGCAUAUCAAACUGCAUUGGAGAAAGGUGUGGAGCUCUUGAGCAGCGAUGUGAUCAAGGAAUUUCAAAGUGCUUGGAAUGAAGAUGGAAAUGCCCAAAAGGUUGUCAAAUUUCCAGUUUAUCUGAGGAUUGGGAGAGUGGGAAACUAAAGAACUAGAAGGCCAUCCAGUUUGCAUACUUUUUUAUUUUUAGUAGUAUCAUAAGAAUAAUUUAGAUAAAUCAGUAUGAAUGAAUUCGAU